CGCCUGUCUGCGCUUCAUGUAAACACAGAUGAGCGACAUGGACAAAACUGCUCUAGACCUUGUUAAGGUUCAUGGAGGCGGUGGGUAUGACUCUGAUUUCAGCGAUGAUGAUGGUGGAGGCCAGUCCAAAGAUGGUGAAAAUAGAACGGGUCAAGAUGAACUCUUACAGAAGCCAUUCCAGAAAGGCAAACACACCAAGUUGGCCCAUAAAAAUGUUGCUGCUCAUGAGUGGGACAGAGAGGAAGCCAGAAAUCGACGUCAACACCUGAUAUCAAUGAAUGCUUUUGAACGUCACAAGAAGUUUGUCAGCGACUACAUUCUGUACUAUGGAGGGAAGAUUGAGGACUUACGGCGAUCCACGUCUAAAGAUAAGACGGAUCUGGAUGUGGUCAAAGAGAACCACCGUUUUCUGUGGAGAGAGGAGGACGAAGAGGAUAUGACAUGGGAGAAAGAGCUCGCAAAGAAGUACUACGAUAAGCUCUUCAAGGAGUACUGCAUUGCAGACCUCAGCAGAUACAAAGAAAAUAAGUUUGGAUUUAGGUGGCGCAUUGAAAAUGAAGUAAUAUCUGGAAAAGGCCAGUUCCUCUGCGGUAACAAGCGCUGUGAGAGUAAGGAGGGUCUGAAGAGCUGGGAGGUGAAUUUUGCGUAUGUGGAGCAGGGGGAGAAGAGGAAUGCCCUAGUCAAACUGCGUCUGUGUCCAGAGUGUUCCUACAAACUGAACUAUCAUCACAAGAGAAAAGAAGUAACGGCGAAGAAGAGACGGAGAUCGAAAGAGAAUCUGGACGUGUCGGAGAAAUCCAAAUCAUCGAAGUCCAGAAAGAACAAACGCAAAGACAAACGCAAACACAAGAAGAGGCGCAAAGAGUACUCAUCUUCAAGUUCAGAGGAAUCCCAGGUGUCAGAUAAAGGCAGUGAUGAUGAAGAUGACAAAGAUGCAGAGGGUCCAUCAGAAUCAGAGCACUGGAAGGGUCCUGCUCCUGCUGUGGAGGAGAAAUCACGGGAGGAAGAGUUUGACGAGUAUUUUGAAGACAUGUUUCUGUGAGUCUGAAAGAGGCAGAAUCCAGAGGAAUCCCAUUCUGUUUUAUUUUAAUGCCUAUUCGAUUUCUUUUUGAGAAGUAUAGAUUAAUAACAAUUGACAUCAGUAUACUUGUGUUCAUGUUUACAUUUUUUAAAGAAUGAAAAGAUUGAUUGAAAGAUAUCCGGAUGUCCUCGAAAUACAGUAAUAGAUAUCCCAUUAAACGUUGACAGACUGUCUAA